AUGCCUUCCACAACCCAAGCUCGUGUUUCAGCUCCGUUUAAUCUUGCCGCUCCAAAUCCAUCUCAAGUCUUACGCCCCGGAUGGCUUAGCGAAUUGCCAGGGCUUUCCAAAGCACCCUCCGCGCCCUCCCCCUCCCCGCCGUCCGACGACGAGGCGCUCACCCAAACCGCGAGGCCUUCCUCCUCGGAUUCGCCUUCUUCUGAUUAUUAUUAUUAUUACUACUCUUCGUCUCAUUCCUCCUCUUCUUUCACGAAGUCGUCGUCGUCGUCGUCAGAGGAUCGAAGCAGCAGCGGCAACAUCACGCAGCGUCCCCCCCUUGCGAAGGUUAUUUUAAACGCCCCCCCUCCAUUAACGCCGGCAGGAAAUUCAAACACAAAUUCAAAUCGCACCAAAGCUCCUUCCCCUCCUGCUUCCACGAGGACGCUACGGGCACCGUAUUUCGCGCCGGAUUCGAACGUCAUCGUGAGGGUUCGCCCUCGUCCUUCGCGCGAUUCCACGCGCGAGCUCAACGCCCCUCACGCCGCCUUCUCAGAGUACGAAAUCCGUCCUCGCGAGAGUCCCUUCGCGGUGGUUUCUCUCCCCUCCUCCCAGGAUUGCAAUUUGGCUUCUAAUUCUGAAGUUUUUCGUGUUCGUAAUACUUCCUCCACGAGUGGGAUUGCCGUUUGGGCAAAUUUUCUCGACGGGCGGCGGUUUUUCCCCCCUCGAGAUGACAAGGGCGAUCCCCACACGCGAGAGGGCCCCUCUCCCGCUACGAAAAUCAAAACAAAACAGGUUGGCGGGGGAAUUCACGGGGGUUCUCUCGUGAAGGGGGUUUCCCCCACGUUAUCCUCGAAGCCGAGCUCAUCCACGUGUAGCUGCUGCACCUGUUCGUGUGGGGGUGGGGGAGCGAAUUGCAGUUGCAGUUGCAGUUGCAGCGGCUCCUGCUGUAGCUGUAGCUUCUCCUGCUCAUGUGGGGAUUCCGCGUCGGAAAGCCGUGAAACCGACACCUCCUUUUCCUCUACCACCACCACCUCUUCUUCCAAGAGGAUCACGCGGAAAGAAUCAAAGCAGCCUCUUCCACAUCCCAUCGAUCUUCCACCCGUUCCAAAGCUCCUUAGGCUCCCGCUUUUCCCAACGCAGGAGGGGACGGCGACGGAAUCGCCUUUGGAAGCUCGCGAACCCCCUGUGGAGGCGAGGGGGACGAAACCCACGGAACCAACGACGACGAUGCGGGAUGAAUGCCUUCAGACCACCCCGGAAGAAGCCCCGAUCGACCUCGAGAACGCGAAACCCCUGGAAGAAGCCGUUUCAGCCCCUCCCUCGCGCGAAAUUUCCGAUGCAGAUGUGAAAACACCGCCGCCCAGUGAGGAUCGCGGCCUCUCCGCGAUGCUGCUGCGUUUGAGCACCGCCUACGAGGGGUGGUUUGAGCAGCGCGAGCGAACUCUUGACGACGCGUUUGCGCAGCUGCGGGAGUUACUGAUCUCGGAAUGCCCUCAACCCCCCCCUGCGUUGGAUGAACCCGAGGGGAGGGAGGAUCGAAAGGAUUCCCAAAAGAUCCUGGAGGCUCCGCGGCUGAUUUUAUACGCGACGGAGUGGGAGCCGCCGCGUGUCGUGCGCGUGGAUCGCGCCUCCUCCCCGAUCGUGGAAGGGGCGAAUCCAAUGGGCUGCAAGGCGGUUCAAACCACCGUCUCCUCGGCGGAGGAGGAGGCUCGCGUGGCGGAAUUCCUUCAUCGCGCGCAGAUCUCCAUGGCGGACACCUUUUCCUCGGCGUUGCGCGCGCUCGAGGAGGGGGAGGCGUGGCAGCGAAGGGUUUUAACGGAAAUGGAGGCCGACUUCCGCGAGGAGGCGCUUAACGCUCGUCAUCGCGAGGCUCUUCGGGCGACCGCGACCGCGAAUCACCGCCUCAGCCUUGCGCAAAACGACUUUUCCGCGCGUCUUCUUUCGCAGGAGUGGCGGCAUCUCCUCCAGCUUCACGCCAUCGAGGCGGAGCGGCAACGGCGGCUGACGGUGGAAUCGGAGGAGACCGCCGCGAGGGGGGCGCUUCUCGCCGGGGUUCACGAAACGAUCGUCGAAACGCAACGCCGUGCGAGCGCGUGUGAACUUCAAAAGGCAGCUCAACGUCAGCUUGAGCUCACCGAGGAGUCUUCGCGGUUGCGAUUUUGGCAGUUGGAGGCGAUCGAGCGGGAGCGGGCGCUUCGCGUGCAGCUUCUUCACGCGUUACGGAUGCCUACCGUUACGAUUGUCGCCCCUCCGGGGAAAUCUGUAAAAACCGCUGAGGAUGCGAGAGGGGAGGGAGGGGAUACUUGUGGAUUUAUACGGCAACACCAAGGGGGUUUUGGGAAGGAUAUCGAGAGAAUAGAAGAGCGGGAUUUGGCCGUGCAUCUUCGCUUUGCGCGCGCGCACCAAGAAGCUGUGAGGGCGGUAAGAGCCCAGCAACGGUGCGUGUGA